UCGGCGGCGGGAGGGCGGCGGCGGCCUGGAGUAGGAGCCGGAGCUGGAGCCGGUCGGCGGCCGGAGGAGCGGUGCAGUACUGCGCCGAGCUGGUGCGAAAGCGUGACUAUGAAGGGUUUCUGUGUUCUCUGCUGUUGCCUGCGGAAUCUCGAACCUCUGCUUUUGCCUUGAGAGCCUUCAACGUGGAACUGGCUCAGAUUAAAGACUCCAUAACUCAGAAGACUACCGGUUUGAUGCGGAUGCAGUUCUGGAGGGAGGCUGUGGAAGGCAUAUACUGCGAUAACCCACCACAACAGCCAGUUGCUACAGAACUGUGGAGGGCUGUCAAGAGGCAUAAGUUGACUAAAAUGUGGUUCAUGAAGAUCAUUGAUGAAAGAGAGAAGAAUUUGGAUGAUAGGGCAUACCGUAACAUCCAGGAGCUCGAAACGUAUGCUGAGAACACUCAGAGUGCUCUCUUGUACCUCACCUUGGAAAUGCUGGAUGUGAGGGACAUCCAUGCUGACCAUGCAGCCAGUCACAUUGGGAAAGCACAAGGCAUAGUUACCUGUUUAAGAGCAACUCCAUAUCAUAGUACAAGACAAAAGGUCUUUCUUCCCAUGGACAUUUGUAUGUUGCAUGGAGUUUCACAAGAGGAUUUCAUAAGGGGCAAGCAAGAGAAAAAUGUGAGAGAUGUAAUUUAUGACAUCGCCAGCCAGGCCCAUAUUCAUCUAGAACAUGCUAGAUCUUUCAGUAAGAAAGUUCCCGUGAAGGCGUAUCCUGCUUUUUUCUGUACGGUUGCUUUAGAUGAUUUUUUACAUAACAUGCGAAAAGUGGACUUCAAUAUAUUUCAUCCAAGCUUGCUAAAGAAGAGUACGUUAUUACCGUUGCAUUUGUAUAUUAGAUCUUGGAAAAAAACAUAUUAAAGUUUGGUUGUUUUUUUUAAUAUGGGUUCAGAGUGCUGAGUUUUUUUCUUUGAUGUCUCAACUUGAUAGAAUUGUGAAGUGUCUAACUUCACACUUCUGCAAAGUGCAGUUCUGGGAAACAGCAGAUGCACAUGUAGCUGUCAGCUUGCUGGCAGUAGUUAAGUUUGUUCUUGGAAUUUUGAGGCUGAUAUCUCUGUUUCACGUCUGCCAAGUCAUAUGUCCUUGUCUGAGAUUACUUUUCUUGCCUUUCCUGUAAUAAUAGCAAUAUGACAGAAUUUUUCUUGGACAAAUUCUGUGCUAAUGGAUACUUCUGACAGUUGUCACUCUUCACUAAAAAGGAAAAAAAAAAAAAACAAACCAAAAACCAAGCCAACAAACAAAAACUGCUUUCUUUAUGCCCAGAAGCAGCUACAGUAAACACCCUCUAAAUCAGCUAAGCAGUUCUAUUCAGUGCAAGGAGCAGGCUUCUUCCAAGUAGUGAUGAUGCUUCAUGCUUGGAAGAAUGAGCAUGUAUAUUUGAAUGCAAGAAAACUGUCAGGAAAAGCUUUAGCUGUUUUAAUUAUGUAGUAUUUAUGUAGAAUUUCAGAAUGGUGAAAUAUAGCUGUAGUGCAGAGUUUAACUGUGUGUUGAGAUUGAGCAUUGAUGUGACUGUAGGUAGUGGGAGGA